AUGACUGCAUUCGAAGAAUUUGGUGUCCUUCCCGAAUUGGGAAAGGCAAUUGAUGAGAUGGAUUGGAAUUUGCCUACAGACGUACAAGCCGAGGCUAUACCGUUAAUUUUAGGUGGUGGAGAUGUCCUUAUGGCAGCGGAAACCGGGAGCGGCAAGACCGGCGCAUUCUGUUUACCUAUCUUACAAAUAGUUUGGGAAACAUUAAAGGAUAUACAGGAAGGAAAAACAAGUAAAAUAAUACAACAGACAUCUUCGGAAUGGACAAUGUCAUUUUUCGAUCGCACGGAAGCGAUGGCCGUAACGCCGGACGGUUUACGAUGUCAAUCCCGAGAUCCUAAAGACUGGCAUGGUUGUAGAGCUACUAAAGGCGUGCAUACAAAGGGUGCAUAUUAUUACGAAGCUACAGUAACAGAUGAGGGUCUUUGUCGCGUAGGAUGGUCAACACAAGCUGCGAGGCUUGAUCUUGGUACAGACAGACUUGGCUUUGGUUUUGGUGGAACAGGAAAAAAGUCCAAUGCUAAGCAAUUUGAUGAUUAUGGAAGUGCUUAUGGAAAAAAUGAUGUGAUUGGUUGUUUGUUAAAUUUAAACAAUGGAGAGAUUCGUUAUACCAAAAACGGUGAAGAUCUUGGAGUAGCAUUUAAACUAGAUCAGUCCCGCAAAUCAGACUGUUAUUUCCCUGCAGUGGUAUUAAAGAAUGCUGAGAUAAGUUUUAAUUUUGGAACUCUACCUUUUAAGUACUCACCCCCAAAAGACUACAUUGCAGUCUGCCAAGCACCAAAGGAAUAUGUAAAACACAAUGUAGUGUCUGCUGGGGCUGCAGCUGAAUGCAAACCUGUGAACAAUGCACCACAAGCUAUUAUCAUUGAGCCCUCACGAGAAUUAGCUGAACAAACAUGUAAUCAAAUAACAAAAUUCAAAAAGUAUUUGGAAAAUCCAAAAGUGCGAGAAUUGCUUGUGGUCGGAGGCAUCAAUGUGAAGGAUCAAAUAAACCAGCUGAAUGCAGGAGUAGAUAUAGUUGUGGGCACACCAGGAAGACUUGAAGAUCUCAUUCAAGGAGGAUACCUGGCUCUCACACACUGUCGCUUUUUUGUACUCGAUGAAGCAGACGGUUUACUAAAAGCUGGUUACGGGGAGCUGAUUGAACGCAUCCAUCGACAGAUACCAAAGAUAACCACAGAUGGCCGUCGUCUACAGAUGGUUGUGUGCUCUGCCACAUUACAUGCUUUCGAAGUUAAGAAGAUGGCGGAAAAACUGAUGCAUUUCCCGACUUGGGUCGACCUCAAAGGUGAAGAUGCCGUACCAGAGACGGUUCACCACGUCGUAGUAAUGGUUGAUCCACAAAAGGACCGUUCAUGGGAGACGAUGCGCAAGACAGUGCAAACGGAUGGUGUCCACGCAAAGGAUAACAUACGCGGUGGCAAUACCACCCCUGAGACUCUAUCUGAAGCCGUUAAAAUACUGAAAGCGGAGUACUGUCUGCGGGCUAUCAGGGAGCAUAAAAUGGAUAGGGCUAUAAUCUUCUGCCGCACAAAGCUCGACUGUGACAACCUCGAGCGCUAUCUCCGUUCAUUCGGCAACGAGUACUCUUGUGUAUGCCUGCACGGCGACCGCAAGCCCGCCGAGCGGAAGGCAAACUUGGAGAAGUUCAAACAGGCCCAGGUGAAGUUCCUCAUCUGCACUGAUGUCGCAGCCAGGGGCAUUGAUAUUUCUGGGCUGCCGUUUAUGAUCAAUAUCACCCUGCCGGAUGAAAAGUCUAACUACGUGCAUCGCAUUGGUCGUGUUGGUCGUGCUGAACGUAUGGGUCUCGCUAUAAGUCUCGUCUCCUCGGUACCAGAAAAGGUGUGGUACCACGGAGAGUGGUGCUCUUCCCGAGGACGCAACUGCUGGAACACAAAUCUCAUCGACGACAGGCCAAAAGGAUGCUGUAUGUGGUACAAUGAGCCACAGUAUUUAGCUGACAUUGAAGAUCAUUUGAACAUAACAAUCCAGCAAGUCGAACCUGAUAUGAAAGUGCCAUCUAACGAAUUUGAUGGCAAAGUAGUGUAUGGUGAAAAGAGGAAACAGAUCGGCUCUGGAUAUCAGGAUCACGUGACGCAGAUGGCGCCAGUAGUGCGCGCGCUCCAGGAUCUGGAGUCGCAAGCGCAGCUGUAUUAUCUCAAGAUGCAUCACAACGUUGCUGUAGCUUAA